CCAUCUUGAACCUUUGUAUGGCAAGACCACUACUAGCAGAAGUAUGUUAUGAUAGUUAUGCUAAGAAUUAUGAUAAAUUAGAGACAAGUGCUUGGAAUAGAUUGUUUCAACUUGAUCUAUUACGAAAGGAACUACUGACAUAUAUUACUGGUGGAAAUGUCUUAGAAGUGGCGGUUGGUACUGGCCUCAACUUGGAGUUAUAUCCUUGGCAACUUGUGAAGCAGUUUCGAGGAGUUGACACCAGCGCCAAUAUGUUGGAGCAAGCUAGAAACAAGUUGAAUUCCUUAUCGACAUAUACUGACGUUGAUUGGGAACUGAUAGAAGCUUCUGCUAUUCAUCUACCUUUUCCUGACAAUUCUUUCGAUCAUGUGGUGGAUACCUUUGGUCUUUGUGUUUUUGACAAUCCACACUUGGCAUUGAAGGAAAUAAGAAGAGUUUGUAAGAAAGGUGGAACGAUAUUAUUGUUGGAGCAUAGUUUAAGCCCUUAUGGGUUGGUUCAAGAAUAUCAACGGUGGACAGGAAGUUUAGUUGCCAAGUUGUCCAAAGGCUGUGAUUGGAGUUUGCCUCUGCAAGACUUGUUGAAACUACACCGUCUUUACACUAUUUAUCAGAAAUAUACUUUGCUUGGAACAGUUUCCUUGAAUAUCGUUUCCAAAUGAAUAUAUAUAUAUAUAUAUAUAUUAUAUAUAUAUUCA